UGUUUUUUUACAUGAAGUUUGAUAUUACCACUAUAUAAAUAUAUGAUCAUUACUAAUGGUUUCUAAUACGCAUCUAUCACGCAGCUGUCACAAUGAAGCUUACAUUAGGAUUGAUUGCAGUCUUGACCAUUGUGGGUCUAGGACAAGCUUAUCCGUCUCAAGAUUUUGGAAAAAGUUUGGCAAUAAAAUUCGCCAAAAAUUCAGCAAUAGGAUUCGGUAAAAGUGGCAAUUUACAGGAAGAGCUAGAAGAUUUCAUCAAUCUUAUUCCGGCACAAGAGUUUGUUGACAUAAUAGUCAAGUAUGUAAAUGAAGACGUGAAAGUACAAGAAGCUAUACAAUUCUUGUCUACAAAUGAAUUCCGUGAUCUGUUGCGUGCUCUUGAAGCUCUUAAAGAAUAUCAAGCAUUCAUAGAAUAUUUAAAAAAUGCUAUUGAAUCUGCCCAGAAACUGUAUCGUGCCAUGGGUAUGGAAGAAUAUGUACUAUUCAAGAUAGAGAGCUUUUUUAAGACACAGAAGAUCGGUGAUGGAAUGAAAGGAAUGAUCAAGGAUCUUUAUAACAUAUUACCUUUGGACAAAAUUAACGCUCUUUACGAAGAAAAGAUGAGGACUUCUAAAGUCUAUGCUGAUUUCAUUACGAAAAUUGCGUCAAAAGAGAUGCGGAAAAUUAUCAGUGAUUUAGUCACUCAUGAAACCUACAAAGAAUUUAUUACAAAGACCAAAGAAAAAGGUUGGGAAUUCGAAGGGUUAUCAAUUCUUAGUGCAAUAAUAAUUGGCAUUCCAAUAAACAUCUAAUGUACUGAACAUUUACUGCUGGCACUUUAUCUAAAUAAAUUAUGUUAAUAACGAAAUAUA